UUCGCACCAAAACGCUGCCGUGAUGGCGACUACUGACACGCGUGCGGCUGUUAGCCGUAAAAUUCCCGUUCCCAACAACUAUCGGUGCGCAGCAAAAAUGCUGCGGCAGGUGACGGAGGAAAAGAAAAGCAUUAAGACUCUGCUGCGAGAUGAAAAGCAUUUUCGUGCCGGGCGAACCAUCAUGGAUCGAUUGCUGGUGAAUUUACCGCAGAUAAACGCUAUCAUAGCCCACAUAGACUUGACGACCAAGGAGCCUCGACUGAAUCCGUGGUUGGCUCGGGCACUCAUCUCUGAGCUGCUGUAUGGUCGCGGCGAACUGCUUGGCGCCUCGUUACCAGUGGAGUGUGUUCGCCGGCACGAGACCGAAAUACGGAAGGCUUAUGAGGCGACGAAAGCUAGCAUUCCGGUAGUGCAGAGAUUUGAAGAGCCACGCUUCGUGAGGGUGAAUACAGAGCUACUGAACCUUGAGGGAGCCAAGCGGUUAAUGCAGGAGGAAGGCUGGAUACUGGUGGACGAGGAGUUCCCCGACUAUCAAUCGUUUCUGAAUCGUGUGCAAAGCCUUACCGACAGCGAGUACAUGGUGGACUUCCAUUUUAACGAUUUGUUGGUGUUCCCGCACUGCUCAAAGGGAUACUGGGCUCGGGCGGAGCAUUUGCUUUCCAAAUUUUUCUUACAAAACAAGGCUUGCCUGGUGCCGACAUACCUGCUAAAGCCACCGAAGAAAUCGGUUGUACUGGAUAUGUGCUCGGCGCCCGGAAUGAAAGCAACCCAUCUGGCCAGCUUGAUGAAAAAUAAGGGCCGCCUCUAUGCCGUCGAGCGGAAUGCUGAGCGUUACAAGCUGUUAUGCCAGUAUGCGGCGCCGUUCGGCGUGAUAAAAACUAUCCAGGCAGACUGCUUGGAUCUUACCGACGAGCAGGUGCCCGGUGUCGAGUACAUUCUGCUUGAUCCUAGUUGCUCCGGUUCGGGCAUGCUAGAUCGAUUGCGUAUGCCGGAGCCGGUUGACGAAGGACGCUUGUAUAAGCUGGCCGGGUUGCAGUAUAAGCUUUUGUCCCACGCGAUGAAUUCUUUUCCGAAUGCGCGUCGCAUCGUUUACUCCACCUGCUCAAUCCACCCCGAGGAGAACGAGAAGGUUGUAAUGGGUGUGCUGCGCCAUAACAGUCACUUCCGGUUGCUCGACGCGCGCACCGAGCUCGGUAAAGAGUGGUUAAACCUUGGCUCACCUGACUAUCCAGGCGUUGGCGAGCGGUGUCUGUAUGCUCGAUCCGAGACCGAUCUGACGAUCGGCAUGUUUGUAGCCGUGUUUGAGCGGUGCGCGGACGGUGAAGAGAAUGAGAUCUACAUGGCACACGAACAGCAGAAGGAAAGCUAUGCAAAGCUCGCAGCGAUCGGUAGCGAAGGGCGCAAGGGGAAGAAAAAUCGUGGCGAAAAUAACUUUAAACCCGUGGAAAAUGAACCAGAGGUGCAGCAACGCCAUAGUUCUGGGCUUGUUGCUGAACGACAACACACGAGUGCUGCAGAAGGCGUAUCGGCAGCUAACGGAGUGAUCGGCGAGCAAUCCGAGAGUGUCAGCAAGAAGAAAUCCAAGCGAAAGGCCGAUUCUGAACACACGGACUCUGUUAUUGACGAAACGACGGCUAACGGAAUGAUCGCAGAGGCAUCCGAGAGUAUCAGCAAGAAGAAAUCAAAGCGAAAGGCCGAUUCUGAACACACGGACUCUGCUAUUGAUGAAACGACGGCUAACGGAGUGAUCGCAGAGCAAUCCGAGAGUGUCAGCAAGAAGAAAUCCAAGCGAAAGGCCGAUUCUGAACACACGGACUCUGCUAUUGAUGAAACGACGGCUAACGGAAAGAUCGGCGAGCAAUCCGAGAGUGUCAGCAAGAAGAAAUCCAAGCGAAAGACUGAUUCUGAACACACGGACUCUGCUAUUGAUGAAACGACGGCUAACGGAAUGAUCGCAGAGGCAUCCGAGAGUAUCAGCAAGAAGAAAUCCAAGCGAAAGGCCGAUUCUGAACACACGGACUCUGCUAUUGAUGAAACGACGGCUAACGGAAUGAUCGGCGAGCAAUCCGAGAGUGUCAGCAAGAAAAAAUCAAAGCGAAAGGCUGAUUCUGACCACACGGACUCUGUUAUUGAUGACACGACGGCUAACGGAGUGAUCGCACAGCCAUCCGAGAGUGUCAGCAAGAAGAAUUCCAAGCGAAAGACUGAUUCUGAACACACGGACUCUGCUAUUGAUGAAACGACGGCUAACGGAAUGAUCGCAGAGCAAUCCGAGAGUGUCAGCAAGAAGAAAUCCAAGCGAAAGGCCGAUUCUGAACACACGUACUCUGCUAUUGAUGAAUCGACGGCUAACGGAAUGAUCGGCGAGCAAUCCGAGAGUGUCAGCAAGAAGAAAUCCAAGCGAAAGUCUGAUUCUGAACACACGGACUCUGUUAUUGCCGAAACGACGGCUAACAGAAAGAUCGCAGAGCCAUCCGAGAGUAUCAGCAAGAAAAAAUCAAAGCGAAAGGCUGAUUCUGACCACACGGACUCUGUUAUUGAUGACACGACGGCUAACGGAAUGAUCGGCGAGCAAUCCGAGAGUGUCAGCAAGAAGAAAUCCAAGCGAAAGACUGAUUCUGACCACACGGACUCUGUUAUUGAUGAAUCGACGGCUAACGGAGUGAUCGCUGAGCCAUCCGAGAGUAUUUGCAAGAAGAAAUCAAAGCGAAAGGCUAUACCGCUACUACAUGACGCGGACAAGACCAUCGAGUUCGAUGCAGCACCGAUAGCGACCGACGAGCAAGAUGCAGACGUGAAGAUAGGGAAAUCCCGCAAGAAAAAGGAUCGCAAGAAGCAGAAUGAGCUGCUUCUUACAGUGAAUCGCCCAGAAUAGGAACAUGCAAACUACGCACGUCAAUGGUCAAAUUUAGCGGGUGCUAUUACGUCCGUUCGUGCCUAAAGUAGGAACAUUUCCCUUUAGCAGGCCGUGCGCUUGACGAAAGGAAACCCUUUCUUUUGUGUUUUCAGUUAUGAAUUACCGACGAAGCCGUAUUUAUAAGGCGUUGUGAGAUGAAAUACCGCUGCAAAAUUGAGCAUUCGAAAAAGGAGCAUCGAAUUUGUGCCUCUCGAUAAAAGGAAACUUUUUUUUGUUUUGUUUUUCUGUUAUGAAUUACCGACGAUGCUGUAUUUGUAAGGGCAGUCUGUGAGUGGAAAAUAAAAAUGGAAUUCUUUGGA